UGAAAGAGACUCUCAAUAAUAUAAUUCCUCUAAGAAGAAAGUUGCGAGUUGAAAAAUAUCAGAGAAAAGCAUACAUACGUAGGUUUAACUGUAAGUAAAUUGAAAAUUUCCAAAGAAAAUCAGAAUAAAGUGAGUGCUAAGCAAUGUUUUAUCAAAGAGCGAAUGCACAAGUAGGUUUACACCGACUUUCCUUACAUGUUUAUAAGUUAGCUUGAAAGACUUGUAAAAAGCCUGCAGUUUGAAAAUGGCACUGAAACAAGGAGGUGUGCAAGUUGAUAAAUCAAAUUUAGAGACUUUCAACGCCGAAAAAUUCGUACAAGACUUAUUGAAAGAAGGAUCAAAGCGGCCUUGCGACGAAACGGUGCAAAAAUUUAACGAAAAUGGAAAAUUGCCCGAAUUUUACGAUGAACAACUGUACAAAAAAGGUCAGAAAUUUUUCACCGACAAUAUCUUCGCUCUACUUUAUGGCAAAUUUCUGGGUCUUCUCACCGUCCUCUCGAUUCCUUCCAUUGUUCGUAUUUUGAUUUAUACGAAAAUGUCGGGAACGGCUUUGACUGCAUACAAAAGAUAUCUUUCAACGGUGUUUCAUAUGGUGAUUUGGUACCAAAGCGAAUUUACGCCAGACUCGAAACUCUGGGAAUCGGUGAUUGAAGUCAAAGACAAACACAAUUCAGUGAGUAAACGUUGUUGCAACGCUGGUUUGGGCCGAAUCAACCAAAAGGAUAUGGCAUUGACACAAUUUGGUUUCAUGGGAUUUGCGUUGGCUUUCAGGGAGAAAAUCGGGCUUCAUGACGCUAAAGACGACGAUUUGAGGGCUCUUGUCCAUGUGUGGAGGGUCAUAGGAUACGUAAUGGGAAUCGAAGAUCGGUUUAAUAUUUGUCGCGAUUCGGUUAGUGAAACGAGCGAAAUUUGUCGGAUUUUAGCCGAUCAAAUUUUCAGACCUGCUGUUGAGCGAAAAGAUAAAGAUUUUAUCGAAAUGGCGACACAUCUUUCGAACGGUAUGUGGGCAAUGAAUCCCACUUUAAAUGCCAAAAUUUACCUAAAUUUAGUCCACCGUUUAUUGCAAUCAUCUAAUAAUAAUCAAAUCGAAUUUUUAAUUGAAUUGAAUUUUGUCGAAAAAAUUCUCUACCAUUUCUUGAUUUUGGUAAUUUGGAGUUUGCAAUUUAACGUAUUUAGAGUUUAUCACAAUUACACGCAAUAUGUUUCGUUGUGGUUAAUGGACGUGUUUCCCUUUUUGGCCUAUUACAAAUUCGGUUAUUCCAAUUCGCACGUUAAAGUCUUACAAGGGAAAGAAAAUUAAGUUUUAAAGUUUUAUUUCUUAAAAUUAAUAUUUACAGCUUUAACUACGUUAGAAUGUUUUUAAAAAUAAAUAAUUUCAAUAAAUACUUUUAUUUAUUUA